CGAAGAAGAAGUUAGCCGGAAGUUACGUUGAAUGUUGUCAUGGCGUCUCACUAGUAAAUGAGCGAGCUGCGAAAAUUAUAAUAAACAUUUAAUUUGGAAUCUUGAAGGUUGAUGUAAGUUUAUUCACUUUCUGAUCACCAGGACCAAAACAAUGAGCACUCAAUACAGUAUACUUUUCAAGCAAGAACACGCACACGAUGAUGCUAUCUGGACGGCAGCAUGGGGUAAAAGUGAGGCUGAUGGUACAGAAACAAUCGUCACUGGGUCACUAGAUGACAUGGUGAAAGUCUGGAAAUGGUCAGAUGAGAAGCUGGAGCUGCAGUGGACCCUGGAGGGCCACCAGCUGGGUGUAGUGUCAGUGGACAUCAGUCACAACGGAGCCAUCGCUGCUUCCAGUUCCUUGGAUGCACACAUCCGUCUCUGGGACCUAGAGUCUGGAAAACAGAUCAAAUCCAUGGAUGCAGGACCAGUUGAUGCAUGGACAGUUGCCUUCUCCCCAGACUCUAAACACAUCGCCACAGGAAGCCAUCUUGGCAAGGUCAACAUCUUUGGUGUGGAAAGCGGCAAGAAGGAGUAUUCUCUGGACACUCGAGGAAAAUUUAUCCUGAGCAUAGCUUAUAGUCCAGAUGGAAAAUAUUUAGCUAGCGGAGCUAUUGAUGGAAUCAUUAACAUCUUUGACAUCGCCACUGGAAAGCUACUCCACACGCUGGAAGGUCACGCCAUGCCCAUCAGAUCUCUCACCUUCUCCCCCGACUCCCAGCUGCUGGUCACAGCUUCUGACGACGGCUACAUCAAGAUAUAUGAUGUGCAACACGCCAACCUGGCAGGAACACUGAGUGGACACGGAUCCUGGGUUCUCAACGUUGCCUUCUCACCGGAUGAUACCCACUUUGUUUCGAGUUCAUCUGAUAAGAGUGUGAAGGUUUGGGACGCCAGCUCCAGAGCAUGCAUCAACACUUUCUUUGACCAUCAGGACCAGGUGUGGAGUGUGAAGUACAACAGCACCGGCUCCAAGAUCAUCUCAGCUGGAGACGACCGUGCCAUCCACAUCUACGACUGUCCCAUGUGAUGAUGGGAGGCCAGUAACAAGCAACCACAUGAGAAGUUCCAGGAUUUCAGAGUUGUUCACUCGAUUCAUGGAGUUGAUGUUGGCAUUGGGGGGAAGGAGGGGAGGUGGCAGACUGGAAAUGUCAUGGAUUAUUUUGCACUGGCCUGCAGUGGUCAAAUAAAGUUUUUGUUUUUUUUUUUUACUUGU